CGCAGGCUUAUUGUUGUGCUGGAGAAGGCAUGUCUGGAGACAUAUAAGGUCGGCAAGGCGAAAGAGAGUAAGUAUGCGCUUCUCAAUUGCGACGACCAUCAGGGUAUUCUCAAGAAAAUGGGCAGGGAGAUUGCAGAUGCGCGGCCAGACAUUGCACAUCAAGUACUGCUGACUCUGCUCGAUUCUCCGCUCAACAAGGCUGGCUUUCUACAAAUCUACAUCCACACUGCUCGCAAUGUGCUCAUUGAAGUCAAUCCACAAGUCCGGCUACCAAGAACAUUCAAGCGCUUUUCAGGACUGAUGGUACAGCUGCUACACAAGCUCUCUAUUCGAUCGACUUCGUCGUCUUCAUCAAAGCUGCUCAAGGUCAUCAAGAAUCCCAUCACAGACCACUUACCACCGAAUUGCCACAAAAUUACACUCAGUCACGACGCUCCGACCAUCAGAGUAGCCGACUAUGUGCGCAGACUACCGGAGGAUCAAUCGCUUUGCGUCUUCAUCGGCGCUAUGGCGCAUGGUGCCGAUGACUUCGCCGAUUUUUACGUGGACGAGAAGGUCAGUGUAUCAGAUUAUUCGUUGUCAGCGAGUGUGUCUGCUUCCAAAUUCCUUCACGGCUGUGAAGACGUGUGGAUGUAG